CCGUCAUUGAGAGUGUCAUUUCACUUAUAGCGCGUCGUAUCAAGAUUUCAAAUCCCCGCGUCUGAUCACCUUAGCGAGCUAUGAACAGUGUUUCCGUCUUUCGCGGCGUGCGCGUUCUUUUGCAGUCUUAGAAUAACCGAAAAGAGGCGAGACAGGUUCGAACCAAUGAGCUGGAGGGUUCGCCAGGCACCGGUCUUGAAACUGCACCGAUCUUCCGAGUCGGGCCGAAAAUAAUCGAAGCCAACGGCGAGCGCCGGGCAACGUAGCGGCGAAAGCCGGGUUAGGGUGCACCAAAUCGAACUGACCGUACUGGACCGAGCCCGGAGGUAUUUUUGAGGAACCGGACCGAGCCGGACUUAACCUGAACGAUGAGCGACGGCGCAUGGGGAACGGUGGUCCGUCAAUUACUAACCCAGCACGGCGAGCGGCUCGUCUGUCUCUUAUUUCACGAGCCCAAGGGCCUCCUUUUGCUCCUCGCUAGCGGCGCCGCGCACUCGAUAUGGAGUAUAGUUGCCGCGUCGCGCUCCAUCGGCGCGCUUCGAUCCGCGCGAGAGACGCGAAUCGCGGACGUGGUAAAAGUCGGCGCGCGAAUGGAGGCUCUCCAGCGACGGAGGCAGCAGAAAGGGGAACGCAAGGGGGAGCGGGAGGGGGUGCGGAAUCGGGAGCGGCGGGAGGGGGAGCGGAAGAGUGAGCGGCGGGCGGAAGUACGUUCCGCCGAUGGCGGAACUGCUGCAGCUGUGCGGAGCGGGGAGGGGGAAUCCGACUGUGGGGCAGCGGAACGAGAGGGGGGUGGAGCCAAAACAGAGGGUGGUGCUGAUAGCGCAAGCAGAGAAAGUUGCGGAGCCGCUGAGGCGCAUGGAGCUAACGGGGGAGCGGAGGGAGCGAACGGGGGAGACAUGCGGCCAGUGCCAUGGCGGUUGGACAGGCUGGCGAAAGGGUUGGAAGAGGCGGUGAGACGGCGAGAGACCGGAGCAGAUGUUCACUCAGUUGACUCGGUUGACCUGAUUGACUCCUCUGAACUUGGUGUUGGCUCAGUUGACUUGUGGGAGUUGCCAGCUGUGUGCAAACGGUGGCAGAAGCGGUGGUGGGGCGGGUAUACAGUCACAAGCGAGCCCCCAUUAGAGUCACACCCGCGGUGGAAGGACCUGGUGGCAGUGAGAGGGGUGGUGCAGCCAUCCAACUCCGCUGCUGCAGUGCUGGCCACGCCGGCCACGCCGACGACUCCAGCGCGUGAAUUGGCCGAGGCGAUUCUUGAGGCGCCUAAGAAAUGGGCAGGCCUUGCGCCGGCGGCAGGGAGGGAUGUGACUGCAGCAGCUGUGAUUGUAGAGAGAGUCGAUGAGAUGGUGUACUCGGAGCUCCACGCCCUCUUGGGAUGGCGCAUCAAGUCAGAGCGAGUCAACUUCUUCCGAUCAGAGGUUCCCUUCUGCCUGGCCGAAUCUCCAGACGCCUCAGCGCCACGUGUCAACAUCUCGUUGGCUAAAGACCCUUCCCAGAAGCACCCUCCAGUCCCUCUAGUCACCCUGCAUGCCCACCUUCAAAAGGGCCUGCCGCCCACUCUCGCCUCCGCCGCCCAUCUCCUCGCCGGGCGGCGCAUGCCAAUCGGGGUGAGAUCUGAGGAGAGGGUCCUGCCGGUGAAUCACGCGCUGACAGCUGUCGGCCACGUCCACAUCAGCAAGGGCGGCCGGGCGGCACUGGUCCCUUCGCCGCACCUUCCCUUCUUCCUCCUCAACGAGAGUCGAGACGCAGCGUUGCAGCGGCUGCAGCAGCGGCAGAGGGAUCAGGUGCAGCGGGGAGCGCUCUUUGCUCUGGCUGCCGCUGCUGUCUCUGUAUACAUGUGGUGGAGGAAGCGGCGCAGCGAGAGGCGAGAGCGGGAGUAUGAGGAGAGCCGAGCGGCUGCCAGAGAUGCUGCCAUGUGGCAGGGCGCUGGCCACUGGGAAGAGGAGGAAUUUCCGGACCUCCUUGCCCCUCCCGUGCUCUUCCCCACUCAAGGCCAGCUGACCAGACGAGACGGGCGAAACGAGACGCUGAUGAAUGCACAUGGAAACGCAAGAGCGGGGAAUAUGGGAGGAACGAGGGAAGGGGAGAGUGAGGAGGGAGAGGAGGGAGAGGAGGGAGAGGAGGAAGGGGAGGGUUUGGACUUGGACUUAGAUCACGAGUGGCCAGCGGAGCAGGUGUGUGUGGUGUGCGCUGGUCGACUGAGAAAGGCGGUGUUUAUCCCAUGCGGGCACCGGGUGUGCUGUCUUAGAUGCACCAGGGCUGUGCGGGCCAGCAGCGCGCUCUGCCCCAUCUGCAGGCAGUUUGUCAGAGGAGCCUACCAGGUGUUCGACACGUGAGGGGGUGUCAGCAGGUGUGUGUGGUGUGCGCUGGGAGACUGAGGAAGGUGUGCGCUGGUGUGUGCUGGUGUGCGCUGGUGUGCGCUGGUGUGCGCUGGUGUGCGCUGGUGUGCGCUGGUGUGCGCUGGUGUGCGCUGGUGUGCGCUGGUGUGCGCUGGUGUGCGCUGGUGUGCGCUGGUGUGCGCUGGUGUGCGCUGGUGUGCGCUGGUGUGCGGUGUUUAUCCCAUGGGGGCACCGGGUGUGCUGUCUUAGAUGCACCAGGGCUGUGCGGGCCAGCAGCGCGCUCUGCCUGCAGGCAGUUUGUCAGAGGAGCCUACCAGGUGUUCGACAUGUGAGGGGGUGUCAGCAGGUGUGUGUGGUGUGCGCUGGGAGACUGAGGAAGGUGUGCGCUGGCGUGUGCUGGUGUGCGCUGGUGUGCGCUGGUGUGUGCUGGUGUGCGCUGGUGUGCGCUGGUGUGCGCUGGUGUGCGCUGGUGUGCGCUGGUGUGCGCUGGUGUGCGCUGGUGUGCGCUGGUGUGCACUGGUGUGCGUUGUUCAUCCCAAGCGGGCACCGGGUGUGCUGCCUUAGAUGCGCCAGGGCUGUGAGGGCCAGCAGCUCUCUUUGCCCCAUCUACAGGCGGUUUGUGAGGGGUGUCUACCAGGUGUUUGACACAUGAGGGGGUCUCAAUGCAGCAGCAGGUGUGCGGUAUUGUGGUGUGCUCUGGGCGGCUGCGAAAGGCAGUGUUCAUCGCGUACGGGUAUGGGCACUGGGUGUGCUGUGUGCGGUGCCCGAGGGCUGUAAGGGAUGGCAGUUCCCUGUGCCUUAUAUGCAGGCAGCUUGUGUGGGGACUGUACCAGGCAUUUGACACCCGGGGGAAGCAGUUGAAAGGGAAACCUUCAGAGUAUGUUGCAGGUGUCAAAUUAUAUAUUUUAUAUAUAUAAUUGAGUAGGCUUGGUAGGUGUGCUACAAUUACUGGAUCCUAUUGUAGAGGGUACAACCCUUCCUU